AUGGGUUCCAAGGUACAUGUGUGCGCAGCAUAUUUGGUGUUACUGUUCGCCUUUACCAGCGGAGCUCAGCCCAAUACCUUUGAUGUCACAAAAUAUGGUGCGAAGGAGGGGUCGGAUAUCACUAAGGCUUUACUGAGUGCGUGGAAGGGGGCUUGUGGAGCAGCGGGUUCCGGCAAAGUCGUGAUACCAAAAGGGAAGUACUCAUUAGGCGUGGUGGAUUUGCUAGGCCCUUGCAAGGGUGCCAUGCAUCUUCAAGUGGAAGGAACGUUGGUGGCGCCAGCAAAAGCUAGCCAGCACCGCAAGAAUAGCUGGGUUACAUUGAGAUACCUGGACCGAUUAACGGUAUUCGGUGGUGGGGCCUUCGACGGACAAGGAGAAAUUGCUUGGCAGCGGGAGAGCUGUGGCGGCGGAUGCAAGAAAGCACUUCCAGUUCUACGUUUUCUCUGCGUAACUGUUCUAUCAAAACUGUAUCAGAACCUAAGGUUUGACUUCGUCACCAACAGCAUAGUCGAGGACGUGACAUCCAUAGAUAGCAAGCAGUUCCACGUCAAUCUCCUCGGCAGCAAAAACCUUACCUUCCAGCGAUUUUCGGUGAAAGCGCCGGGGCAUAGUCCCAACACGGAUGGAAUUCACAUUGGACGGUCGGAGGAGAUCAACAUUAUUGAUUCAAACAUUAUGACCGGUGAUGAUUGCAUCUCCAUUGGCCGGGGGAGCAGGCAAGUACAAAUCACAAACGUAAGGUGCGGACACGGGCAUGGCAUUAGUAUUGGAAGUUUAGGAAAGUACGAGAAGGAAGAACCUGUGUCUGGAAUUUAUGUGAAGAAUUGCACAAUAUACGACACCGACAAUGGCGUGAGAAUUAAGACUUGGCCCGCAUUGCAUGGUGGCAGUGUGUCGAAUAUCCAGUUCGAGGAUAUCGUCAUGCAAAACGUCAGCAAUCCCAUCAUUAUAGAUCAAAUGUACUGCCCGCAUAACGAAUGCAAUCGCAAGGUAACUUUUCAAUUUUUAUUUUUUCACAACAAGAAGGAGAAUUUAUAUAUAUGGGUGUGUUACAAUUAUGCUAAAAUAUUGCGACUUUUUGCAGAUGCCAUCAAAAGUUAAAAUAAGCGACGUCAUCUUCAAGAAUAUUCGAGGAUCGUCAAGAACGCCCACAGCCGUUCAAUUGACAUGCAGCAGCAGCGUACCAUGCAAGAACGUUGAACUUUCUAACGUUAACCUCCAGUACACCGGAUCUAAGGGUCCUGCAAAAUCUAUUUGUACAAAUGUUAAGCCUAAGAUUAUAGGAAAGUUGAUUCCGAGAGGAUGUUAAUGCACUCACUUGUUGAUUCUUAAUUUAAACGGAGAAUGUUUCUCAUUUGUCUGACGCACAGUAUAGUAAUUUUACAAGACUAUCAUUACACUUUUUAAAUUUAAAUGAACAUAGUCAGAUAUGAUUUCAAUUUAGCUCUAUCCAAAAUAGAAAAUCAAUUUAAAAAAUUUACCUAUUAAACAAUGUGCUUCAUUUUACUUAAACAAAUAUAAAAGCUCACCAAUUACUGAAUAUAUCAAUUGAUAUUAAAAGAUAUAUUAAAAGAAAAUCAAUUGAUAUUAAAUACUAUAUAAAUACUUCUUUAAGUCCUCUAUUUCUAUUUGAAAAGUUAAUCAACAUAUAAAACUUGGAAUGCAAGAUGAAAUAAUAAAAGAUAUAUUAUUGAAUGAACUUAGUAAUUUAAUAGUGUCAAAAUUCAAAAUUAAAACGCGCUGUAAAUUAUGUUGCGGUGU